AUGGACAAAAUAUUGGUAACAGGUGAUGAGUUGUACACUUACCUGCAGAGAAGUACAUCAAUAACAAACAGGUACCUGCUUGUAGAAGAAUUACCACAAAUGUUUGAGUGUUUUGAUAAAUCGUAUGAAUUUCAAUCCCACAGAACAGUAACUAGUGUUAUUUUAUCAGAAGAAGGGUUUAACUACUCUGAGUUUGGUGCAUAUUGUUUAAAUGAAGCAUUGGAGCUUACUCUCACAGAGACUGAUGGCUGUUUUUUAUGCUUUGGGGGAAACACUUUGCUCAUUGGAAAAGCAGAUGAUUGUUUUUUUACUUUUGAUUCGCAUUCAAGGUCUUGUGAAGGCUUAUUAAGUGUCAGUGGUAAGAGUACAAGAGUACUAUUUAGGAGUCCAGAUCAAAUAUGCAUUUAUUUGCAGGCCCUUGCAAGGUCCAUGGGAUACACAACAAAUGUUGAAUGUAAUUUAACUGGAGUACAAUGCAGUAUGAAAUGUGUUGACACUGGAUCUGAUUUUGAGCAGAAAAGUGAAGAUAACAGUUUCUUUACAGAAGGGGCCAUUAAGAGCUCAUCACAAAGUACAAGUAUUGAUACAGGAAUUGAAAAUGAGGAUUUGAUUUUUGUUUCAAGUAGACAUGAAAAACUGAGUUUUGCUCCACUUCUUUCUGAAAUGAAGAGAGACAUAUGUAGGGAUUUAAAUAUUCCUUUCUUUUGUGUUGGAAAAAGCAUUCAAAAUCAAUAUCUUCUGAAGGAAUUGAAGAAACCUUGUUCUAAGCACAAAAUCAUUGGAGAUGGUAAUUGUUUGUUCAGGGCAAUAUCUUUCAGCUUAACAAACACGGAGGAAUGUCAUUACAAUAUACGUAAUGUAACAUGUCAACAUUUGCUCGAAAAUGAAGAAUUAUUCUUACCAUUUUUAAGGCCUGGUGUAAAAUCUGUAAAAGAUCACGUGUUUACAAUGGCACGAAAUGGAACCUGGGCAACAGAAAUAGAGAUUAUUGCUAUGUGUCAUCUUCUAGGUGUUGACAUUUACACAUUUUCUGAUAAUAAUUGGUUGAAAUACUCAGCAGAGAGACUUGGUCUAAGUUCAACCAAAAGAAGAUCAGGCGCCAUUUUUUUGUGUCACAAUCAGGGGAAUCACUAUGAUGUUGUUCUUGAUGUUUGUGGACAGGAUUUUGAAUCAACAGAUGAAGUGAUGCUGCAAAGCAGACCGUUCAACUUGAGUUAUGCUAAGAGAAAGCAAAACCGUGAACGAAUGCAAGCAAGAAGACCUAUUCGAUCAAAGAUAAAAAUCAAAGAGAGUACAGUUGAAACACGAAAACAGUCAUUAAGGAAGAAGUAUCAAGAAGACUCAGACUAUAGACAGAAAAAGCUAAACAAAGCAUAUGUAAAGUACAGAGAGGAUAAGGAAUUCCAAGAUCUUGUUAGGACACGCAAUAAAGAGAGAUAUGAAAAAGACCUUAUGUACAAAGUAAAAACAAAGACAAGACGCAAGGAUAAUUAUGCAGCUAAUGAAGAAAACAGAAAGAAAACAAGAGAGGCCAGUGUAAAAAAAUAUGCAACAAAUGAAGCCCACAGAGAGGAUGUUAAAAGAAGAAGUAUUAAAAAAUACCACACAGACAAAAUGCACAGGGAUAAUGUAAAAAUGAGAAGCAUAGAGAAGUAUCGAACUGAUGAUGAACAUAGAGUGGAUGUUAAAGGUAGAAGCAUAAGAAAAUACAGAACAAACAGUGAACACAGGGAUGUGGUAAUGAUGAGAAGUAAGGAAAAAUAUAAAACUAAUGAACGACACAGGGAAAAUGUAAAACAAAGAGCUGUUGAAAAAUAUAAUAGCGAUGAACAGUACAGAAAGAAAAUGAAUAGUGCUGGAACAACUCGGUAUAAAACAAAUAAGAACUUCAGAGAAAGAGUUCUCGCUUCAAGGGCAAAAAGGUACACUUUAGACAAUACGUUUAGGUCGAAUGUCAAGUCUUGCAGUAAAUUGUUGUAUGACACUAGCUCUGAUGUAAAAAUGAGAAAGAAAAAAUCAGUCAGAAUGCAGAGAGCUGCAAAGCGAUCAAAAUUGCAGAAUGAAAACGAAGUAGUGGAAUUAUUUAGACAAAACGCAUCUCAGGGCAUUGAUUACACGUGCUGCUGCUGCAACCGGUUGUUAUUUGUUAAUCAAGUACUACGAUGUGACCGUCAGCUGUAUCAGAGGAAUGAACGUGCAUCACAUGUUGCAGAGCUAUGUAUACAAGAAAAUAGUUUGCAUCAGUGUUCGAGCUCGUGUCCCAAGAAUUGCACGAAAUCAACGCUUUGGAUUUGCUAUACAUGUCAUAGGAAAAUCCACAGUGGAAAUAUACCAGCAGAGGCAACAGUCAAUAAUAUGUUCCUCGAAAAUAUUCCAGUCGAACUAAGUGAUUUGAACAGUUUAGAACAACAUCUCAUCGCCCUACACAUUCCAUUUAUGAAGAUUAUGGCUCUUCCAAAGGGAGGUCAAAGAAAUGUGCAUGGGCCUGUUGUGUGUGUGCCAUCAGAUUUGAAAAAGACCACAAGCUUACCAUUGAGGCAUGGUGAUGAUUUAUUGUUGAGAGUGAAAUUGAAAAGAAAGUUAAGUUAUCGUGGAUAUUUCGAAUACCAGUUUGUAAACCCAAACCAUGUUUUUACAGCCCUAACAUACUUAAAAACAAACAAUCACUGGUACAAAGAUGUAAAAAUAGAUACAAACUGGAGAGAAGACCCUAUAGAUGAAGAGGAAUUCAAUGACGACAGACAGGAUCGUGAAAUUCCAGAAGAUGAUGAAUGUGAUGAACAUCAAGUUGCAAUUGAUACUUGCCUACAACCAGUGGAUAUUGCUCAGGAAGUACUUGAUCAUUAUUUUGAUGAUAUAUACAAUAUUGCACCAAGUGAAGGAAAAAAUCCAGUACGAAUGUUGCAAGAACCAGGCAAUGAAGCUAAAACGUUUCCUUGCCAUUUUCCAAGUGGAAAGUUUUCAUGGAAUGAGGAGAGAACAACGCAAAUUACAUUAUCAAGAUAUUUCAACAACAGGCUCAUGAAUGCGGAUAAUAGAUUUGCAAAGGAUAGCAAUUACAUCUUCUUUAGUCAGUACAUGUCAGAAUUGAAUCAAGUUAUACAGAAAACUCAAAUUUCAGUACGAAAAUCCAUUUCAAAAGGAACCGAAAAGCCAGUCACAUCAAACAUGGUUCAAGACCCAGAAAUUCUUUGUCGGUUAUUGAGAAAUGAUGAAGCACUAAGGUUUAUGCAGCCAAUUCGUGGAACACCAGCAUAUUGGUCAGCUGCUCAGAAGGAUCUAUUUGCUAUGCUUCGCCAGUUAGGAAUACCUACUUGGUUUUGUUCUUUUUCUGCAGCUGAGCAUAGAUGGAAUGAUGCAAUUAGGACAAUUCUGAAGCAACAGAACGAUGAUAGAGAUCCACUUCUGUUGGACUGGUCGGAAAAGAACGAAACCUUAAGAUGUAACCCUGUAACCGUUGCUAGGAUGUUCGAACACAGAUUCCAUGUUUUUCAUAGAGAUGUAGUUUGUUCUCCAUCAGAACCAAUUGGAAAAAUUGUUGAUUUUUUUCAAAGAGUCGAAUUCCAGCAAAGAGGUUCACCUCACAUGCAUUGCUUAUACUGGGUUGAAAAUGCCCCCAAACUUGAUGAACAUGGAGAGAAAGCUGUUUGCGAUUUCAUCGACAAGUAUGUUACUUGUGAAGUGCCUUCUGAGGAGGAUGAUCCAGACUUGCGAGAUACUGUCUUAUCAGUACAACAGCACAGUAAAAAACACUCUAAAUCAUGUAGAAAGAAAGGUACAGAGUGCAGGUUUAACUUUCCAAGGCCGCCCUCUCAGUGCACAUUUAUUAGUUCACCGGUUGAUGAACAUGACACAGAGAACGUUGAAGAAGACGCACAAUCUAAACUACGUAAAUCUCAUGCAAAAGACAUUUUAAUAAGUGUUUGGAACGAAGUCCAAAAUGAGACAAGUGAGUUAAAAUCAACAGAGGACAUUUUCAGUAAUCUUUCUCUGACUCAAGAAGACUAUGAAGAAGCACACAAUAUCCUAGCUAAAAAGAAAACCAUUAUGCUCAGAAGAAAUCCUGGUGAACUAUGGACUAACCAAUAUAACCCAUGCCUCUUGAAAUGUUGGGAUGCUAAUAUGGAUAUCCAGUUUGUGUUAGAUCCUUUUAGUUGCAUAGUGUAUAUAAUCUCAUACAUAUCUAAGUCUGAGAGAGAAAUGGGUAUGCUUCUCAAACAAACAAAAAUAGAAGCGGAAGAAGGAAAUCUCAAUGCACAUCAAACAUUGAAAAAAGUUGGAUCUGCUUAUUUGCACCACAGAGAGGUCAGUGCACAAGAGGCGGUUUACCGCGUUUGCAAUUUAAAAAUGAAGGAAUGUUCAAGAAAAGUCGUUUUUUUGCCCAUAGGAGAAAAUCCUACACGACUUAGUAAACCGCUUUCUCAACUAAAAAAGCAAAAAACAGAGAACUGCGAAAAUAAUGAUGAAGAUGAUGAUGAUGACAAUAUUUGGAUGACAAACAUAGUAGAGAGAUAUGAACAUCGACCAAACAAACCUCUUUUUCACAGCAUGUGUAUGGCAGAAUUUUGUUCAGAAUACAGAGUACUAGCAAGGUCUCAGAUUCCGAAAACUGAGAACAAAAAUGUAUACGAGUUGCAGAAUUCCAAGGGCUACAUCCAGAGAAGAACACGCACAAUGCCAGCUGUGAUAAGAUACCCAAGGUUCAGCGUUGAGAAAACAUCUGAAAAAUAUUACCAGUCACUUCUCCAGCUUUUCCUGCCGCACAGGAAUGACGAACAGUUGAAACCACCUGGGUUUGAUUUAUAUGAGACAUUUUAUGAGAAUGGUCACAUUAAAAUGAAAGGUAACCAAAGGGUUCAGUCUGUCAAAUCAGUGGUAAACAAAAACCAUGCACGGUAUGCAAAAAAUGAGGAUGUUAUGACAGAGGCGAUCGAAAUGUUUGAAAAUAUUGGUGAACCUGAAGAUGCGUGGGCAAAUCUCUGCCCAGAAACAGAAGAUAUGCGAGAGAAAUGUGCUGCAAAGAGAAAAGACGUAAGUCGGUUACAAGAAGAUGAAGAUGGAAUCCCAGACAUGCAAAAUGAAACAAAUUCUGAUGUGCUAUAUCAUAUUCAGCAGAACAACAUUUCUAGGGAAGAAAUCUUACCAAUUUUGCAAACUUUAAAUGAAAAACAGAAAGACGUUUUUUACCUUGUAAGAAACUGGUGUCUAGCAAAAAAGUUUGGAGAGAAAGUGGACCCAUUACACAUUUUCAUAACAGGUGGUGCCGGUACAGGAAAGAGUCAUGUUGUCAAGGCAAUACAUUACGAAGCAUCCCGAUUAUUUGCUCCAAUUUUAUCUUCACCCGAUAGUGUACCAGUACUUCUUACAGCCUUCACAGGUACUGCUGCUUUCAACAUUGGAGGAAGUACUCUCCAUCACACAUUUUCAUUGACAAAAUAUUUGCCAUUGCCGUACCAGCCAUUGAAAGAGCAGAGUCUUAGUGAGUUAAGAGUACAGCUAAGAGAUUUACAGAUUCUAGUGAUAGAUGAAGUUUCGAUGGUGUACAAAAAACUUCUCUUUUACAUUCACGAAAGACUUGUACAAAUUAAAAAGUGUAAGGAACCAUUUGGUGGCGUGAGUGUUAUUGCUGUUGGCGACUUUUAUCAGCUUCCCCCUGUCAAGCAACGCAAAGACGAAAGAUUGUAUGCGAAGAACACAUCAUAUCCCGUGGAUUACUGGAGGGACUUCUUCAAAAUCAUUGAACUAAAUGAAGUUAUGAGACAACGUCAAGAUGUACCUUUCGCAACUGCCUUGAAUUGUUUGCGGAUAAGAGAACAAGAUCAGCAGCUAGCAAGGGAAACAAAUUUGAUUAUAAAUGAAUGUAUUAGGGAAGGAGCAGAAGAUGUUCUCCAUGUGUAUUCCACAAAUGAAGAAGUAAACAAUUAUAACCUUGCAAUGUUAAGAAAAAGCUGUAAAGAUUUGGUUGAGAUUGAAGCAAAGGAUUUUCAGAAAAAUGCAGCAACAGGAAAUCUGACAUUGAGAGAAAAACCCCUGAAAGGAUCAAAAAAUGAUAGCCUUUGCAGCUCUUUGCUCCUUGCUGUAAAUGCAAGAGUAAUGCUGACAAGAAAUUGUGAUGUAAAAGAUGGACUUGUCAAUGGUGUUGUUGGAGUGAUAUCACAUUUUGUGUUUGAACAGAACACUUCCAGUAUUGAUAGCAUUGGAGUGAUUUUUGACAACAAGAAUGUUGGAAAACAAUCAGGUAAAAGAACAAAAAAGGGAAAUCUUGUUUUACUGAAUAGAGUCCAAGAAGAAAUGAUUGAAAAGAAGUCGAAAGCAAUGGUGAGACAUCAGUUUCCUUUGCGAUUAGCAUGGGCUUGUACAGCUCAUAAAGUACAAGGAAUGACUGUUGAAAAAGUAGUUGUCAAUUUAGAUCGUACAUUCUCACCAGGACAAGCUUACGUUGCAUUGUCAAGAGUUACCUCUCAGCAAGGUUUAUUCAUAGAAACUGAGCACGAAAAAACCCUAUCAAAGAAGAUAUAUGCUGAUUCGGAAGUGAAAACAGCUUUAGCAGAAAUGCCAAGAUUAUGUCUCCCAAAAUGCUUCUUAAGCAAGUUACAGUGCAACACAAUUGUUCUGCACAAAAUGAAGAUGCGAAAUCUGGAGGUCCUAUUCAAACAUUCAUAG